GCCAUCCUGUUUGGACCAUUAAGAUUAAUGAAAUUGAAAACCUUCCUGUAGUCACCACUCUUUUUUUCCCCCUUUCUUCGGGUGCAUGAAAUUACCCGAUCUUAAGUCUGGCAUUUGGACACAUACCAUUGUGAAGUCACAUUCUUCCCCGCCCUCCUGAUCUGCAUCAGGACAAUUAUUCCGUCCUUUCCAGCUCAUUCCUGGAUCGUCCCUGCUUGAAGCUGAUGUCGUAAGCAUAUCAAUGGCACUGCUGAAGGGAAUCACUGGCAGUAUAUGCUUGAGGAUUUUGACUAUUUUAUUUUCUUUCAUGAUUUUUGCAACGAACUGGAGGAAUAUUGGCGGACAUGUUAGCUAUCAGAAUUUUGCCACUGAUUACUGUUCUGACUAUAAUUUAUAUCUAGCUAUCACAAACACAAACUGAAAUGGGAAGUGUCUUGCCUGAAGGAUGAAACCGCCGAAAAUGACGUAAAUAGUUGCCUGGCUUGCUGAGCGCGACUGGCUGAGAAAAGUAGACGCCAAGAAGGCAAUACUUGUCUAGCAUUAGUAUACAACAAGGGGUGGGGUUAGCAGCAGAUAUGUAAAGAGUUCAGGAAAAACCCCUAAAAGGAAAAAAGACUUAUAAAUUUCUAAUCUGAAGAAGCGAUAGAAGGAAUUGACACUCAACAGAAGCUAUUAACUAAGGCCCUGUUAGCUUCUAGUUUGCAGUUUGUGUGAAAGAGUUUUGUUAAUAGCUGAAAGUUGAUACCAAUAACUUAAUAAAGGGUAGUAAUUUACCAUUGGGGUAAUUUUGAGACUUGUCCUAUUUUCUUUGUAUUCAUAGAAUUUAACUCUUGAAAAAUAAGGGCCGGAAUAAGUGAACUUACCAUACUAAGGAGGUUAAGGUACAUUGCAAGGAAGAGAAGUAGAAAGUUAUUGCGCGUGAAGAAUGGAAAUCGAAAACACAGCCCUACGAUCGUUGUGAAUAAUGAAACUAGGAACGUCAUUAUAAUUUCCCAAGUGAGCCAGGAAAGCCAGUAGGCAGAAUCAUAUAGCCCCAUUAUAUUCAUUGCCUGUCAAACAAGAGCAAUGAAAAUAUAUCAACAUUGUGUUUUUGCCUCUCUGUCUUAACCUUUGGUCAUAAACAUUUUAAUUUUUGGAGUCAUCCUUCUUUAGAGCAAGGGCGUAUUACAAUUUUGGAACACGCCUUUUGUGUUCAUUAUCAAUUCAGGAAAGGUGACAACGUUUUUGGGAAAACUGGGAAGUCUGAAGUGAGGGAGUAGUUCAAAAACUUACUUGACGAAGUUUUUGUUCUUUCUCUAUGACCAAGUUGGUCAAUUGGUUCUGGAAAACCUGCGCGGUGAUCAGCAGUAAACAUGCCUUUCCAAGUACAGAAAACAGCUGGGUCUCUAAUUUCUUGGCGGCAGGGUGUGCAAACGGCUUCAUGCCAACAGUCCAGUUGAAACUCUGAUCUAAACCAGAUUAUUAUUUCCAAAGGCACAAAAAGGGAGAAAUGAGAGAAAGAAGGGAAAAAAGAAAGAAAAGGUAGUUAGGACAUUGAUUAUAAUAUCUAGUGUAUGAAAGGAAAUGUAUAAUGGUAAAACAAGUGAAAUAACGAAGCUGAGGAUGGAAAAGUAUGGAAUUGGUAAUUGAUGUACCUCCAAUAAGGGUUCGAGCAAUUUCCCGCUCUGCUGCAAUCUGAAGGGGGAUUUGGAACUUGAGAAAAAUUUGUUGAAAUGGAACUAUAUAGAGUACUGAAGAGUUGGGCUGAAUUCCAUAGCUGAUGACUGUAGUAUUUCUGUCAACAAUAUGCAGAGCUCCUGGGCUACGUGCAGGGUUAUCGAGGAACCAUGCGUCUGUUUCUUUUUGAGUUCCGAACGAUUUAACCUGCAUUCCCAGUAUUUAUAGUUACCAUCAAUCAGAAUUACCAGAUCAACAAUUAAACCCAUGCAUGCUUUUUGAUGCAUGAAUUCUAGCUUAAACUGAACUUAAAAAAAGAUUUCUGGAGCAUAAAAUCUUUGGACCCGAAAUGAUACUAGCUAGUGUUUUUAGGAUAUUUCUAGGUACUCCCAACUCCCAAGUGUUGGUGUAACACACAUUGCAAGAGGCACAUCUUGAAAUGUACGUGGUAAAUCGGGUUGGGUUCCAGUGGCUCCAAGUACAGAGGCGCAUCUUCUUCAUUAGUAAUGAAAUCAUGGGCUUCUUAAUGCAGUCAUGUAUGAGACAUACCUUAGCAGGUGGAAUGGGUCGACCUGGAUUAUUAGCCAUGAUAGCAUCAACAAUGCGUUGAACCCUGCGUUUGGAGUCUAACGAUUCACCGCUCCAAACAAAGUCAUAGCAGGGCUGCCUUACACUAAACUCCUCGCAUUGUGGAAUCGGCUGCAAGAGGUUGUUGUAUGAUGGGUCCGGCAUGUCACGGUUUUCUGGGCAUAAAUGUAGAAGCACAAACAACAUAAACAGUCUUCAAAAUUCCCUAACAGUCGAAAUCGAGUUCUGCUGGGCUAGUUUAAGAUCUUGAGGUCAUGGAGCCGAUGGAGAUAUCAACGCCCGGACAUGCCGGCUUUGCUACUCAGGCUGAUGCUUUGUUAAGAAAAAGUUUUACCUAUCAGAAACGAAACAAGUCACAGAACUGCUGCCUGUUAAUAACUCCACUUGUAAUAAUUGGAUUUUUUGCAUUUGUGGAGCAUUAUUUAAAGCAGAUGAGUGCUCAAAGAGGAGGUGCGGUGGUGGAAAUAAAGAAACCUGCCCCUUGGCCACCAGCUCUGAAUAUCCCGUCCAACACCACUCGGGCUGUCAGCUCCAAAUACAUGCCUUUUCCCGACUUGCCAUCUCCUUCUUGCCGAGUCUCCGGCAAUUGCCCUGCCACUUUUCUCCUCACCGGCACUAAUCAAUCCUUCGUCAUGACUAUUGCAGAAAAAAUGUUCCCACCAGUGUCCACGGAAGACCCUUCUGACAUGGAUCGUUUAGUGUUGGCAACAUCAGUUCCAUUAUUUCAACCAAAUUAUCUAGUUGAUGCUGCCUUUGAACCUGACUCGCCUUCACCCCUUUAUUACUUACAAAGCAAGUGCAAGGCUAAUGCAUCAAUCCCUUAUCCGACACGGAAAGUAAAAUGCUUGGAAGGAUUAAACUUGUGGCGGAACAGCUCAUCUGAUAUAAAUACGGAAAUAUACAAAGGAGCGAACAAACAAAACAAGAUUGAUAACAAAUUCGCUGCAGCCUUUGAUUUCCAGAACACCAACAAAGCUAACUUCAACGUGACUUUAUGGAACGAACCAAGUACAGAUGCUGAUAUUCUAGGUUCUUCUACUUUCACUCGUCUACCACGGUUAGUGAAUUUGGCAUCCAAUGCGUAUCUGCAGGUUUUGCAAGGAUCUGAUACCCAGUUGCUGUUUGAGUUCAUCAAGGAAGUGCCAACCAUUUUUUCAAUAAAUGCUUCAGUAUCAAAGACUGUGGAUUUUUUUUUGCGUAUCGCAAGCUUUGGACUACUUCUUUUUCCAGUAACUGUUUUACUAAGCUCGAUUGUGUAUGAAAAGGAAAAAAAAUUGCGAAUUAUGAUGAAAAUGCAUGGGCUUCGUGACACAGCAUAUUGGGCGAUUACUUAUAUCUACUGUCUCAUGGUUUCUCUUCUUUUCGUACAGUUCUUUCUCAUUGCUGGCAAGUUAUCAGGUUUAUAUUUCUUCACCAAGAAUGGAUACACUCUUCAAUCUAUGUUCUAUUUCCUCCAUGUGAACUGGCAAAUUUCAUUUGCUUUUCUAAUCUCUACCCUUGUGUCUACUGUGAAGACUGCUCAAGUGGUUGGCUCAACAUUCAUGAUGCUGAUUUGUAUAUUUUCAUUUUUUAUUGCGUCAAGAGUUAUUGAAUCUACUGCAUUUUCAGGUUCAUUUGUAGUCUUAGUUGAGAUGUUUCCUGGGUUUGCUCUAUAUCGAGGGGUGUACGAAUUCCAAAAAUAUGCUACAUUUGCUAAGAACGGUGCUGGUGUUGGAAUGCAGUGGCAAAACUUGAAUGACCCAGGAAAUGGGAUAAAAAAAGCUAUGGUCAUCAUGAUUACUGAGUGGAAAAUCAUGCUUUCAUUGGCAUAUUAUUUAGAUCAAGUUUUAUCUAGCGGGAGUGGCAGGAGAAGAAGUCCCUUAUUUUUCUUGCACUGCUUGAGAAGGAAGCCCAGUUCCCAGGAGCAAUAUCUGCAGAGAAACAGUUCUCAACUUUUUCCUUCAAACGAUCAUAGUGAUGUGGCCCAAGAGAGACAAAAGGUUGAACAGUUGAUGCAAGAAGGAAGCACAAGCUACACGGCUAUCUGUGACAAUAUCAAGAAGAUUUACCCAGGAAGAGAUGGAAAUCCAGCAAAGGCUGCAGUUAGAGGAUUGUCUCUUGCUUUAGGAAGGUCAGAGUGCUUUGGCAUGCUUGGUCCAAAUGGUGCAGGAAAAACCUCAUUCAUCAGCAUGAUGAUUGGUCUCACGGAGCCAACUUCAGGCACGGCAUAUGUUGAAGGUUUAGACAUAACAACUUGUAUGAACAAUGUAUACACUUGCAUGGGAGUUUGCCCUCAGUUUGACCUGUUGUGGGAGACACUUACUGGGAGGGAGCAUCUCUACUUUUACGGUAGACUUAAGAACCUCAGAGGUCCUGUAUUGAAACGGGCAGUUGAAGAGGCUCUCAAAGAUGUUAACUUAUUCCAUGGUGGUGUUGCUGACAAACAUGCUGGCAAGUAUAGUGGAGGGAUGAAGAGAAGGCUCAGUGUUGCUAUUUCACUAAUCGGCAAUCCUAAGAUUGUUUACCUGGAUGAACCAAGUACUGGGCUAGACCCAGCUUCCAGAAAUAGUCUAUGGAAUGUUGUGAAGCGUGCAAAGAAAAACCGAGCAAUUCUUCUCACGACUCAUUCAAUGGAAGAGGCCGAGGCUCUUUGUGAUAGACUAGGAGUCUUUGUUGAUGGUGCUCUGUGCUGUAUAGGAAAUCCAAAAGAGCUAAAAGCUAGAUACGGAGGUUACUUCCUCUUUACAAUGACUACUACUCAAAGUAACGAUACAGAGGUGGAGAAUAUGGUGUUAAGCCUUUGCAACAAUGCUCAGAAAACCUACCAUUUGGGCGGUACUCAAAAAUUUGAGCUGCCCAAGCAUGAAGUCCGCCUUGCUGAUAUUUUCCAGCUUGUUGAGGAUGCAAAAAGUAAGUUUCCUGUUCAGGCUUGGGCUCUGGCCGACACAACCCUAGAGGAUGUCUUCAUCAAGGUCACUCGUCAGGCUCAAGCUACUUCUUCUGACGAGUGAUCAUUUUUCUAGGUUUUUUCUUUCUUUCCAACUACAUGUUUUAGUUCUAGAUUUUUCAUUUUUAGGUUAGUAUAUUUGGUAAAGCUGUACUUUAGAACAUCUCCCUUUCCCAUGAAAGUAAGGAAUUGUAUAUAGCCUGUAGUAAUAGCUGUGAAUGAUGGUUUAUAGAUUCAAUAAUGAUCUAUUGAUCUUAAUAGCUUCAGCUUUA